AUCAGUAAACAUAGGGGUGUGGGGGUGGUGGUCUAUAUCAGUAAACAUGGGGUUGAUGGUUUAUAUCAGAAAACAUUGGGGUGGUGGGGGUGGUGGUCUAUGUACAAUAUAAGUAAACAUGGAGGUGUUAGGGGUGGUGGUCUAUAUCAGUAAACACAAGGUGGGGGGUAGGGGAGUAUCUAUAAUAUCAGUGAACGGGGGUGGGGGGAGUCUAUGUACAGUCAACAUUGGGAGGUGGAGGGGGGUCUUUGUACACUAUCAGAAAAAAUUGUGUCGGGAGGCGGGGAGACACCAGCAACAGAAAAAAAAUCACGUGACUUGUGAUGUUGAGUACCUUACAAUUUUAGGUGGUAAACUAAAGGGCAACACAACAGUCUAAAAACUUGCUUAAUGUUUCUGUACAACAGUCUAAAACCUUGCUUAAUAUUUAUGUACCUUGCAUUUAGUAAAAGUGUUCAAACAAACUUUAUUGGUGUUGCUAAUUCAUUUAGCUGGUGUAUACACCCCCCCCCCCCCCACACACACACCCUAGGUUUGGCAUAAUAACCCGAAAAUUAAAAUAAAUGCACACUGUUGUAUUCUAUUUAUAGACAUGUGAAAAUAAGAACACUCUUGCACUAAAUGGCACCACUGUUAAAUUCUAUUUAUAGCAGAAAAUGUCACUUUCGUAGCUGACACAACAAAAUCAUUUUUUCGUGAUGGAAAUCUUUCCUUGGCCCAAUACAUUUUUACCGAGUAAAGUCCGGUAAUCGGGUGAAGAUUUGAAAUGCCACAUUUUCACGGUUGUCUUCCUUCAAAGUUACGGCAUUAGAGGUGUGACACAAUACAUCACCACGUCUGUGCUGACGUCCUGUCCCAACACACGUCAGACGUCACGUCAGACGUCUCCUGUUGGUGUGUAGACCAGGGAAGUUUCUAGUUAACUUUCGGACUCGUCAGCAACACAUCAGUAGCACACCAGCAACACACCCCGUGUCCGUGCCAGUGUCAACCAGACAGGUGUGUGACCUAAUGACCUCUAUGACGUAAUGUACGGCUAGCUGGUGUCAAGUCUCGUGCACUAUGACGUCACACUGGCUACUUGUGACGCUGCUGGUAGCCGCAGGUAGCACGGUACAGGCUACUCACCACCCCGAGAUCUAUCUACUGGACCAGCAAUGCUCCCAGCUUAUCGAUGUCCACCUAGAUGUCCGUAUCCAGAUGAGCCCAGACGCCAUCUUGCCGGCCAACAGUUACUGCUCUCUCAGCUUGAGGCCGGCCUCGGGCACCGCCCUCAUCGCCAUCUUUAGAAGCUUUGACCUAGAUCCUAAAUAUAGAAACACGACAGACAGCUGUCAGGUGGAAUCUCUGCAACUCAUGUGGCCCGGGGGUAACUACUUUGAAGACAGAGGCUACUGUGGGUCAGGCCCGCCCCAAGGGCAGUAUCUGCUGGGUAACUUGGGUACCGUGGGAUACACCACCUGGAACUUUAGCGACAUCGCAGCUCUACAGUUUGAUCUACUGGUUACGGAGAUCUUUUAUAAAUCUUCGACCUGCCCUAACCAGACAUUUGACUGCAGACGACAGAACCUGUGUGUGGACCGUCAGCUGACGUGUAACGGCUUGAACGACUGCGGCAACAACCUAGACGAGGUGGACGGCUGCCAACACACGGCUGCCAUUGUGACGGGAGCCGUGAUAGGAGCUGUGGGCAUCCUGCUCAUCAUCGCGUGCUUCCUCCUCCUGCUGCGGAGGAGGGGGCGCCUAUCCGGUGUCUCCUAUAUUCGCUACCCAUGAUAGUUUUUCACUUUUAUUCGGUGUCUCCUAUAUUCGCUACCCAUGAUAGUUUUUCACUUUUAUUCGGUGUCUCCUAUAUUCGCUACCCAUGAUAGUUUUUCACUUUUAUUCGGUGUCUCCUAUAUUCGCUACCCAUGAUAGUUUUUCACUUUUAUCCGGUGUCUCCUAUAUUCGCUACCCAUGAUAGUUUUUCACUUUUAUUCGGUGUCUCCUAUAUUCGCUACCCAUGAUAGUUUUUCACUUUUAUCCGGUGUCUCCUAUAUUCGCUACCCAUGAUAGUUUUUCACUUUUAUCCGGUGUCUCCUAUAUUCGCUACCCAUGAUAGUUUUUCACUUAUAUCCGGUGUCUCAUAUAUUCGCUACCCAUGAUAGUUUUUUACUUUUAUUCGGUGUCUCCUAUAUUCGCUACCCAUGAUAGUUUUUCACUUUAAUUCGGUGUCUCCUAUAUUCGCUACCCAUGAUAGUUUUUCACUUUUAUUCGGUGUCUCCUAUAUUCGCUACCCAUGAUAGUUUUUCACUUUUAUUCGGUGUCUCCUAUAUUCGCUACCCAUGAUAGUUUUUCACUUUUAUUCGGUGUCUCCUAUAUUCGCUACCCAUGAUAGUUUUUCACUUUUAUCCGGUGUCUCCUAUAUUCGCUACCCAUGAUAGUUUUUCACUUUUAUUCGGUGUCUCCUAUAUUCGCUACCCAUGAUAGUUUUUCACUUUUAUCCGGUGUCUCCUAUAUUCGCUACCCAUGAUAGUUUUUCACUUUUAUCCGGUGUCUCCUAUAUUCGCUACCCAUGAUAGUUUUUCACUUAUAUCCGGUGUCUCAUAUAUUCGCUACCCAUGAUAGUUUUUUACUUUUAUUCGGUGUCUCCUAUAUUCGCUACCCAUGAUAGUUUUUCACUUUUAUUCGGUGUCUCCUAUAUUCGCUACCCAUGAUAGUUUUUCACUUUUAUUCGGUGUCUCCUAUAUUCGCUACCCAUGAUAGUUUUUCACUUUUAUUCGGUGUCUCCUAUAUUCGCUACCCAUGAUAGUUUUUCACUUUUAUCCGGUGUCUCCUAUAUUCGCUACCCAUGAUAGUUUUUCAAUUUUAUCAUGUGUCUACUAUAUUCGCUAGAUAGAUAGUUUUUCUUUAUUAUUCGGUGUCUCCAAUAUUCGCUACUGAUAACAGUUUUCACUUUUAUUCGGUGUCUCCAAUAUUCGCUACCCAUGAUAGCUUUUCACUUUUAUUCGGUGUCUCCAAUAUUCGCUACCCAUGAUAGCUUUUCACUUUUAUUCGGUGUCUCCAAUAUUCGCUACCCAUGAUAGCUUUUCACUUUUAUUCGGUGUCUCCAAUAUUCGCUACCGAUAACAGUUUUCACUUUUAUUGUUUCUAGUCACUACCCGUGAUAACGUACCUCAGAUAAAAUAAAUCUGUAGUCUACAGGCUCACGAAGACGAUUUUAAAUUCAGAUUUUCUGCUUCUUGCUGGCUGUGCAGGACUCACGAGUAUUUGAUUUACUUUGUCUUGUUCAGACUCAGCUGGGGACGACGUUGGUAGUUCCACCACAUCACCCCCUCCCAACCUACCCUGUCGCCUAGUUUAAAAACAAACAAAAAAAACAAAGCUGACUUAAACUCCUGUAAUCGUCACACACCGCCAGCCGUGCUAUUCAUGUGAUUACGUUCUACACAGGUCAGACAAAGGGACAGUAAGACAACAAUGGUCACUUUUUUUUUGUCGUUGGAUUCAGACUCGAUACUCUCCAAAGAUUGAACGCCAAUCUUUCUCUUACAUGAGUUAGUGUCGUCCGCAACUUCUUGUUAAUUAAUGUGUGUGAUUAAUGACGUUAUACAGACACGUGAAUACCAUGUGACGAGAGCUCACGUGUUGUAGUGACGUUUUGUCACAUGUCCUUGUUGUUAAGUCAAAUGGCGCAAAUCAAAAGUGCCAUUUGAUGUCAUUUACAUGUCCAUUUAGAUAUUAUCUACGUGUCAUUUGAUGUCAUCUAUGUGCCCAUUGAUGUCAUCUAUGUGCCCAUUGAUGUCAUCUAUGUUCUCAUUGCUUGGAUUUACCUGUGUUCAGUUCAUCACAUCACCCAUUGCUCUGUUCUACGUGACUCUGCGACAUACGACACAAAAUUAUAUAAAUAAAUGUAUA